UCGUGUGGAAGUCGAAAAGUUAUAUUUAAAAUACUUUUAGUUGGAUAUGUGCCGCGGUUUGAGUAACAACGUUAUUCCGCCUUCCUCUCUCUCGCUCUGGCAGGACCUCUUGCACUUUAAAGAGUCCAUUAGAAGUCAGAACGCGUGCGCGUGAGUUCAAGGAUUAAACAGUCGGGAUCUCAUUUUGAAGCAAGAUCGGGAUCAGUGGCGUUCGUGAAGUCAUUCGUGUCUCGAAUUUCGAACGGAAAACAGGAAGAAGUGAAAAGUUCUAGUAGGCCAGGAAAAAAGUUCAAGUGGGUUGAGCGAAACAAAAAUGUGAGGCUAACAGCAAUCCAAGCAAUCACAAAACCGACACACUGUUAACAGUGAGCUGAGUGCCUAAGAAAAAUAAGCCUACUUCGUAGAAAAAAGUGGAAAAUGUUUUUAUCGCUGGUCGAGGAAGUUGUUGCGAAGGAAUUUACAACUACAGCACUUCGUCUCCGGUGGUGCCCUGCCCUCCUGCUGUAAGUGUCCGUCCGGUUCCAAAGUGUAUAGAAGAAAAAAGUUGAACAACACAUCCUCCGCUGAGUACCGCACGAAGAACGAAUCCGACGACGAAUCGCCCGAAGAGUAGGCGAGUCCCGAGUUCGCGAACACACAAAUCAAAGUAGGCGCGCGCGGAUUGUCCCCAUCGCGUAGUUAUUGUGUGCGCUGCUCAGUAGUGUUCGAAAAAAGGAAGUUUGCUGUUCGACGAGAACCGAACCGUAGAAGAGAAAAAAAAACACGGCGUCGACGAUAAAUAAUAACGAAGGUGGUGCCGCCGCGGUGGAGAAAAGUUUUGCACGAGAAGUGCCCUGUUUGUGAAUUAUUGAGGUGUUAGUGUGCGGAAAAAUAAGCCGGAGAAAAAAUUGUUUAAAUUCGCAACCCCCAAGGGCCCGGAAAGAGGAGAGAAACAUGUAAAAUAGAAGGACGGAAUCCAGUUCUAGUUCAACCGUUUUGGAGGAUAGCAGCGCAAAAGAAGCAGAACCCGUUCAAGGACAUUGACGUCACCCACUGAGAGUGAUUCCCAAGAAACGUACUAUUAUCUCGUAUAGUAAACCCAACUAGGUCAUUAGCGAACCAUGUCGUCCCAAAGAUUCUGUCUGCGGUGGAACAACCACCAGACAAACCUGCUGUCGGUGUUCGAUCAGCUCCUGCACGCGGAAACCUUCACCGAUGUGACGCUGGCCGUCGAAGGACAAUCCCUGAAGGCACACAAGAUGGUCCUGUCGGCCUGCAGCCCGUACUUCCAGGCGUUAUUCGUCGACAACCCCGAGAAGCACCCGAUCGUUAUCCUGAAGGACGUUCCUUUCAAAGACAUGAAAUGUCUGCUAGACUUUAUGUACCGCGGGGAGGUCUCUGUUGAUCAGGACCGCCUCGCCGCCUUUCUCCGGGUGGCCGAGAGCCUCCGGAUAAAGGGACUCACCGAAGUCAACGACGACAAACCACCCCUCCCCACGGCAUCGCUCACCAGCAGCAGCAGCAGCAGCGGUCCAGCACCAUCAUCAAACCAAAACCAAUCUCAACAGCAGUCACAGAAGGAGCAGCAACAACAGCUUCAACAGCAGCUGGCCGCUGCCGCAAGCCGAAAUGCACAACUGGCAGCACUGCAACAAUCUCAGCAGUUGCUCCAGCACAAGCAGAAAUCCAGCCAAAGCAUGCUACUGACGAAUCCCCUCCUGGGCUCAGCACUCUCCCAGCAGAAACGGAAACGCGGCAGGCCGCGGAAACUUUCCGGUAGCGAUACCGGCGAGGGAGAAUACGAUGGCUACGAAAGCGACAGUAUUGUGCAAGGUUCCCCAGACCUCAUGGACGUCAAAAUGGCCACGGACGGUACAUCGACCUCAGGAGACGAAAACGUGAUCAGCCGCUCGGAAGAUAACGAUCCUGAUGAUUCCAUGGACAACCGCGGAAGCCCACCGGUCGUCAACAACAAUAACAACAACAUCAGCAAAACCACCAGCAGUAGCCCCGCCCCUUCCGGUAACACGGCAGCAUCCGCAGCCAUGGCCAGUACGAACCUCAACGCCACCAACAAUUCGUCCAACAACCUCAAAAGUUCGGCCAGUAGCCUCAGGAACGAAAACAGCAUGUCAGAUUCCAAAGAUUCGUUCAACGAUGACGACGGCUGCGGACCGAUGGACGAAGACGACGAGGAAAACGACGACUCGGACGAGGAACGGGAGCUGAACUCAAGCUACAUGGAACCCCAGCUGCUGUUGGACGAGUACGACGAGCCCGUUGAGUUCAAGUACGAUCCCAAGUCGGACAGCGGUGCGGUAGAUUCGACGUCGAGCCACUUUCCGCCACCGCUGCAGGCCAAACCGGGAACUCCGAACAGCAGUGCCGGGGGAUCACCGGCCGGUCGCAUGCCUUUGAUCAACGUUGUUCCGACCAUGUCCUUGCUACCGAAACUAGCACCCCUGUCGAACUCGGCAGCUGCAGCAGCCGCAGCGGCGGCCGCAGCCAGUUUACUUAGUCCAAAAUCUCUACCAAAGCUUCAGAAACGACCCCGGUUGAUGGGCAAGUCGCACAACGGUAUCACCGCCACGCAGACCAUCCUGAACAACCUGAACAACAAUCUGAAUGAAAGUAUGAUCUCGACAUCGACCAGCGGGGCAUCUCCUGGCGUACCUAGUGGACUACAGAUCUCCAGUGUCCUGUCCGGGUUGAACAGCUCGGAUAUGUUCGAAAUGCUGUCGAACAACAUGCUCGGAUCGCCACGAUCGAGUUCCAAUUCGCCCUCGACCAAGGGCGGCGACGCCAACCGUGCGCACAAGUAUACCGUCAUCGACGAUACUGAGGGUAGCGUACGGGAUUUCUGUACCAAAGAAGGUGACCACGUGUACCGGUGUAAGAUCUGCUCCCGAGUCUACACCCACAUCAGUAACUUCUGCCGGCAUUACGUGACCUCGCACAAGCGAAACGUCAAGGUCUACCCGUGCCCGUACUGCUUCAAGGAGUUCACCCGGAAGGACAACAUGACGGCCCACGUCAAGAUCAUCCACAAAACCGAGUAUGCCCAGUCGCAGACCGGUUCGGAAGCGGCGCCCUGCACGAUGAACACCAACAGCAAUAGCAGUACAAACGGAUCUACGACUCCGGUACCUCCGACCUCCGGGUCGUCAGCGAACAACUUUACCAGCGCAGCGAUCAUCAACGCCGUGGCGAACGCCGUUGGCCUACAGCCCAAAAAUCCGGCGACCGGAGGAAGCAACUCUGGUUCUGGCAUCCGAAUAGUAUUCCCCCCGAUCGGAAGUGCCUCGUCUUCCGUCACCUCACCUGCAUCCACGUCCAACGAUGGCGCCGCCGCCCUGCCCGGAUCUAUCAGUAUCAAGAAGGAGUUUCAGGAGAAACCGACUUCUUCGUCGCCCGGUGCUACCUCUCCCUCCCGGUCCGUAUCGUCCAGCACGGCCACUUCGCCGAGCUCGACGACACUGGCCAAGAGCAGUGCGCCGGCAGCGGCCACCGUCAGUCAGUAGGGGCCGAACCACACAUAAACACACACAAACACACAAAAAGAGGCUACUAACACUAAAGUAUCUGUCGUUCGUCUGUCCUAUAACCACACUAGCCCCGUUUGUUUCCGGUCAGAUGGCACAAAAACGGAAGCCGGAAAAGGAAGCAUAAGAAGCAAAAGAGAGAAAGAGAGCUGCAAUAUUAGCUGUUUAUUAUUUUAUGUUCUGUUGUUUAUUUAAUUGAUUUUUUUCGCUGACCGAGAUCGUUAAUCAUUCCUUCUAAAGGGUAUUUGUAAUUUUAAAUGUAAUUGGAAUUGUACAGACAAUCGAAUCCGAAGAGGAGAACGCGAAAGUCCCCAUCUUCUGCAAGGGGCACAAGAGUAACAUACACACAUGCAACGCGGAAAGAGUAUGCCUUCUCGAAAGCAACGCACCGCUGUCCUAAUAUAUUUUAUUGUAAAGUUUUCACCCCCCUGAUUACCUUUAUCUUGUAAUUUUUUUUUUAUUGUUAGUAAUAAAAACAAAAAACCCUACAAAUCAUACAUACGAGAAAAAGUACGCAUGUUGUAGACAACAACCACUUCACGCAAGUCUUCCCAACUAAAAAAAGGUACGAGAAAUCGAUCCCCGGAGGACCACGCGGUCCCCACGGAAAUCGGUUUUCCCGAAUUCGGACAACAGAAGUAGUACAAUGAUAGGAGAAAACGUAGAACACAAUCAAACCAAUUACCAUUUUAGAGGGCCCAAGCAAAGAGAGCAAAUAUUUAACUAGUUUGUAGAAAACCGAAGAAACACAUACACACUAGAGAGAGAGAAAGAGCGAGGUAUUGCAAACUCUUUACUGCAGGACCAAUCUUUUGAAACAGUGAAAGAGAUGUUGUUGAUUAAUUUUAUCGUUCGUCGUAUGCACACACACACACAUACGUCCCUUGUCGCUAUCCGCCGUUCUUGUUUUAUACGUUUAGGGCGGGGCUUGUUCUGCGAGUUGACGUUGUCUCAUCAACUUGUCAGCUUAAAGAAUGAGCUCCGCCAAAGCUAUGUUCAAACCACGGAGUUGUAACUGAGAGACGCGUAACAGUAGCUAUCUUAAAUUAGGCCGCAAACUUUUCGAAUUUCAGUUUUUCAAGACAAAAACCUAAAAUGUUGACACUAAAAAUACCGGAACCUUCAAGAUUCCACCUCAUAUUCUGAGAUUUUUGCAGUAAGAAAAAAACCAAAUGUAUCUCCUGGAAUUCACUCAAAUGAUUCUAACCAGAAUUGCAGUGUAUUACCAAACUUUGGACAACAUGACAUAAGGGUUGGAAAAGAAUCUAACAAGGAUUCCCUGAGUAGCUGCAAGCGAAAUGGAAAGAGCUCACCACGUACGUGCGAUGUACUGCCUGUAUCUGACCGUUUAUGUGUACUGGAAAGUUCGUUAUCUGUCGUAAUUGAUCGUCAGUUCAAAUGAAACUGGAAUGUGGUUUUUUAUCCCUAGCAGGCCGUGGAGCGGUGCACCAAUGUUAGAAAUGCCUUCCAUGGAGUCAUGUUGCUUAACCCUUUCUUUCCCACAGCUUCGAAUGACAAUUUAACUGUAAAAAUGGCGUUUCUAAAAAAAGUGCUUGAACAAAAGUUUUUGCAAAUAUGCUAAAUUAUUCAAAAUCACAAUAAAAAAAAUUGAUUGUUUUUUCAAUAGUUAGUUGAUUGUUUUUCAAUAGUUUGAUCCUUAGGUCACUUAUUUCGAUGUUUGAUGAAACAAAUAAGCGGAUAAAUUCAUUCCGAUCAUUAUUGACCUAAUCGUAUCAACUCGGUUCAGCUAGCGUUCGUCGAAAAUCGGUGGAUCACCUGUGCUACCAUGGGAAAGAGAGGGUUAAUAGUGCCGCACAAAGUGGGAGGUAUACUUCUUUUAAAGCUAAAUAUCAUUACGAGACUGAUAGCAAACAAGUACUACAAAAGAAAGCUGAAAGCUUUCUAAAAAGAGAGUCAAAACGUACAUGGAAUUGUCUAAAAUUUGAAUCGAAAGCAUCGAACUUCAAGAAAUUUCAAGCUUCUUGAAGCUCUUUGACUAAGUUUCCAACUCAGCCAACUUAAGGAACCGCCAAUUUCAUACCAAUUCAUUAUCAUUCUUCCAAAGCUAUAGUUGCCCCCAGGAAUUCUCAGACAACUCGAGGAAAUCUCCACAACCUUCCUGUAUUCCCAGUUUUUCAUCAAGAAUCAAUAGCUUCCUAACAGAAAGUUCCAAAAUCCAUACUUUAUUCCUGCAGAAUCCCCUUUAGAACUUCCCAAACUUUGUCCUGGAAGCCAGGAUUUCUGCAGACAUCAGCUUUUCCUUAAAACCGCCUCUAAUUCCAAUCAUCUUACUUUUGAAAACCUCAACUUCAUCCCAAAACGCCCACUUUCAUCGGAAUUUCGCAUCUUUUUCCCGGAAUUUUCCAGUUGCAUUUAUGCACUAUCGAUUAUCUUCCAGAAAUGUUCCGAUUACACUUCCAUCAGAAACCGUCAGCAUUCUAUGGAGGCCCAAGCCUCGUCAAAGAUAAGGAAUUUUGAAUCUUCUUCCCGGAAGGUUGAAGCCUUCCGAUUAUACUUCUAUCAGAAGCUGUCAGCCUUCUAUGGAAGCCGCAGCUUCGUCAAAAAUAGGUCAGCAACUUUUCUGAAUUCAGAGUUCAACUCAAAGAACUUGUUCAAGGAGUCCGAAGCCUCCAUGCAAAAUCUACAGUUUCCUCUAACCAUUCCCGGCUUGCUUCCGGGUUUUGAUGACUUCUCUCGAUUCAGGUUUCCUCCCUUGCUUCUCAAUGGAAUCCUCUGUUACAUCUCAAGAUGCUCAAUAGUACUGCACAAAGUGGAAAGUAUACUUCUUCUAAAGCUAAAUAUCACCUUGAGACUGGUAGAAAACCAGUACCACAAAGGAAAGUUGAAGAGCUUUCUAAAAAGAUAGUCGAAAAGUGAACAAAAAUGUCUAGAAGUUGAAUCGAAUUUGAACUUCAAGAGAUUUAAAGAUUCUUCAAGCUCAAUAGACUCAGAAACUCUGACUAAAUUUCCAACUCAGUCAAUUUCAUUCCAAAUCAAUAUCACUCCCAGGAAUUUUAUAGUUAACUCGAGUAAAUCUCAACAUCCUUCCUGUAUUAACUAUGUUUCAUUAGGAGUCAACAACAUCCUAACAGAAAUUUGCAAAAUCCAUACGAAAUUCCCUCGGAAUCCCGUUCAGAACUUCCCAAACUUUCUUCUGGAUGCCAUGAAAUGCCUGCAGAAAUCAUUGACUUUCCUUUGAAAUCGCCUCGAAUUCCAAUCAUCUUACUUUUGAAAACCUUCCUCAUCUUCAUCCCGUAACGCCCGACUUCAACGGAAUUUUGAAUCUUUCUACCGGAAUUUUCCAGUUGCCUCCAGAAACUAGCAGUUAUCUCCCAGAAAAAUCCUGAUUUUGCUUCCAACAGAAAUCAUAGGUCAGUAACUUUUCCGAAUCCAGAAUUUUACACCAAGAACUUGUCCAUGGUGUCCGAAGCCUCCUUUCAAAUUGUACAGUUUCCUCCUUCCGGUUUUUAUCGAUACCUUCCGAAGUGUCCUGGCGCACAAUCCGGAUCGUAAUCCUCAGCUUCCUACCAGAUGAUGCAGGUUUCUCAAAUGAUCAUUCCUUGCUUCUCACUGGAUGAUCCCCUGUUACAUUCCAGAAUCAUCAGCUUGCUGAUGGAAUGUCAACGUCUUUUCCAAAUUUCCAAUUCGCUUCUAUAGAUUGCUGUCUCUAGCAAUCAGCUUUCGCAUAGUAGCUCCCUCAAGCAAUUAUAAGCUUUCUACAACAAUCCAAAGUUUCGCUGAUGAAAUCUCAAACUUCUUUCUGAAAUACCACAAAUUAUCCUACAGCUACUAAUGUUUCUUGGGAAGUUAUCGUCAGUUUCCUCCGGGAAUCAUUCAAUCCUCAAUAUCCUCAAUCAACAUCCACAUGUUCACUAAGAAAACAGAUUUCCUCUAGAAUCUGCAGCUUUCUCUCGAAAUCUAUCAGUUUUCUCCUUUGGAACUCUCUACUCUCUCCGAGCAAAAAAACAACCCCUUUUUCAUAGAAUCCUCAGCUUCCUCCUAGGAAACCCCAGCAUUCUUUCCAAAAAUUCACCGUUUUUCGCUCUUAACUCCCUUCCCUUCCUGAAUCGUUGCCUUCACGGUUAUCCCAACUGUCCUCUGAAAAACUAUCCAAUGUCAUAAAAUCCGCGAAAAACUUCUUACAACUCUCCGUGGUUUGAACAUAGCAUAAGUUUCAGAUGUCGUUUGCCGAUCACGUUAUUUCGUUUAAAAAUGGAAUGAUUCAAAUUCAGAUAGGGUUUCAGGUACCAAUUGGGUUCGGAAAGCGUUGUUAUUUUCACGAAAUUGGUAUCUAGAACCUUGUUUGUUCUAGUAGACAUUUUUAGCGUGCAAUUGUAAAUGGAGCUGGGUAUAAUUUAGGCUGCACUCCUAUAAAAAGCUACUCAGAGUUGGGUUGCAUGCAAUUAGUUGUUGAGAUAAUUGGAAUAAGCUUUGGAAAGAGGUUUUCUUAAAAUACCGAUGCAUUUGAACGUUUCAUUUUCCAAGACGUUACCUCACAUCAUAAUUUCAAUCUUUCGUAUAACACCCAACUCGGAGUAGUUUGAUUUUGGGGUGAUUCAUCGGACAAGCACCACGCUAAAUUUGAUCGCAAGCAAUCCCCUAGAAUGUCUCAUUCUCCAAAAACCCUUUCAGAUCGUACUUUCUUCGACGUGCGUGCGCGCACGGCAUCCGAGACGUAUUAGUAACAAAAUUCUGUGAUUAUUCUCUUUAGUUUUCGUUUUACGUACGUUUAAUUUGUACUUCAAUUUUGCGUUUGUUUUGUUGCUUCGAUAUCAUGUUUAUUUCUCAUCAUGUCGUCCCCCUCUGGAUCUCGAUCCAAUUAUCGAAAACAAUCGGUAGCCGCCUUUCUGUUAACCAGAUGUCAAAGAUGUGCAUUUCAAUGCUGUUUUUUCAACAUUGUUUUUAAAAGAGACACGCCCCUCCCCAGAAACAGGGGUGACACUGUCGGAAAAUGUUUCAAAAAUAGGAAAAGCAAACCCUAAGGCUGAGAUAAUAAGUUUUAAUAAAAAAAUUAACGGAUAAACUGCAACAAUCACUGAAGUUGAAGGCAGAGUCUAUUUUUACAGAAGUUUUAAUCAAAAAAAACGGUACUGCAAGAUGACUAUUUUGCAAAAAUAGUUGUAGCUAAUAGGUUUAGAAAUCACGAAAGUACUAGAAAGUAAUAUUUAUACACACAACUUAGUUCACUAAUCAUAUUUGGCCGUAAGUGCACUUUCGUCUGUAGGCUAAAAGAAUGAUACAAUCAAAUAUUUAAAACGCGUUUUUAAAUGCCUGUUGUAAUUUUUACCCAAACUGUUCGAAGAAGAAAAGGUGUAAGAAGCAUCGUGUACAUAUUUAAACUAUCGAAUGAUUUUUUUUUAAACUUCGUCAUAGUGCUCUUGGUUUUGUUUUAAUCUCUUAACGAGCACCGUUCCUCACUGACUCACCCCCGCGCAUUGAACAGUUUAGUUUUAUAGCACCUUCCAACAAAUCACGCUCUUACACAACAUACUACAUUAAAGAAUAAAUAAAACACCGUCAUGCAAAGGUAGAUAGUGCAAUUUUAAUUUUAAGGCUCUAGAGACACAAGCACUGCAGCAGUUUUAUUUUGUUUUAUCUAUAUUUUUUUUAAAUAGUGAUCAAGAGACAGAGAGCAGUUUACGUUAGCUACAAAACCAAGCAAAUAGUUAAAUU